AUGUCUCUAAGUAUUUAUUUAUUUUUUGAAAUAUUUGAUUUUCGAGGGCAUUGCAGUAAUAAUACAUCUUCAAAGCUUAAACGAGUAAAAGAGCACCACAUUUAUUUGUUGCUCUAUCGCUCGCUCAUGGCUUCCAAACUCUCAUUCACUCCCAUUACUGAACUGCCAGUUUGCAGCGAAAAAUUCCCAAAACCUCCUCAAAGAAUCCCUCUUUCUCCUCUUCUGCAAUCGAGUUCCUCUUCUGGGUAUCGUUGCUUUACGAUAAUUUCAAGCUCUAGAGCGAGAGUAUCAUCAUCAUCACUCUGUCAUGCUGUGAAAGAAGAAUUGAUUCAAUCCCCAAAUUCAGAGUCUACCAGGGAUUCCCAAACCACAUCUCCUGCUUCCACCAAACUUAUUCUUGUUGUUGGCGGCUCUGGCGGCGUCGGACAGUUGAUUGUAGCAUCAUUGCUCAAGCGGAAUAUAAAAGUACGCCUACUACUUCGAGAUCUUGAGAAAGCUACUGCUCUGUUUGGUAAACAAGACGAGGAAAUGUUACAGGUAAGGAUAGGGGACACUCGAAACCCAGCAGAUCUGGAUCCAUCUAUAUUUGAGGGUGUCACACAUGUUAUUUGUUGCACGGGAACAACGGCAUUUCCGUCGAGGCGAUGGUAUGGAGAUAAUACACCGGAACGAACAGAUUGGGAAGGCGUGAAAAAUCUCGUCUCUGCGCUGCCUUCAACAUUGAGAAGGAUUGUUCUUGUUUCAUCAAUUGGAGUAACCAAGUUCAAUGAACUACCCUGGAGUAUCAUGAACCUUUUUGGCGUUCUCAAGUAUAAGAAGAUGGGGGAGGACUUUGUUCGUGAUUCUGGUAUUCCGUUCACCAUAAUCAGACCUGGUAGAUUGACAGAUGGACCAUACACAUCAUAUGAUUUGAACACACUAAUCAAAGCUACCGCUGGGCAACGGCGUGCAGUCCUUAUUGGUCGAGGAGAUAAACUUGUUGGAGAGGCUAGCAGACUUGUAGUUGCUGAAGCUUGCAUACAGGCAUUGGACGUAGAAUUUACUCAAGGCGAAAUUUAUGAAGUUAACUCUGUUCAGGGGGAGGGACCUGGAAGUGAUCUGCAGAAAUGGCGGGAGUUAUUUAAAGCUGCCACAGUUCAAUGACUGCUCUCACAAUGUUUAAUCCGAUCACUACAUCCAUGAAGAUACUCCAAGUGGCCAGUAAGUGCUAAAACCCGGCGAUGGUGAAUUGUGAAUAGUUGUAAUUUUCUUCUUAUUAUUUACCAGCAUAAAACAUUGGAGUCCCUAGCAAGAAUGCGCUAAGUGUGUGUAAAUAUACAUUGUUGCUGAACUUGUAAGGAAAUAAAGGUUGCUUAAAUCAGUUCCUAUCAA